GUGCAUUCCUGAUACCUUACUUCUUGAGUCUGGCCUUAGCUGGGAUGCCCAUGUUCUUUAUGGAGGUCAACUUUGGCCAAUACUGCAGUUUGGGUAUGCUGACCUGCUGGCGAGCCUAUCCCAUCUUAAAAGGCGUGAGUUACGGACAAUUCCUCGUGGCCUUCUAUAUGACCAUCGCCUACGGAGUUGUCAUCACCUACACGGUCUAUUAUUUCUUCAUCUCCUUCACGUCCUCACUGCCUUGGGUUGGCUGCGGGCAACCUUGGAACACUCCGAUGUGCAGCGACAUCGUUACGGACUGCUUCCAAGCUGGAGGGGUGAUCACAUUCGACAAUGAGUGUGUGGCAUUGACGAACUUGACAGAGUUCGAGUUGGAUGAUUUGAACAUCACCACUUCUGGUCCAGGGAACUUCAGCCUGGCAAACUACAUUGAUCCGUGGAAAGCAAUGCGCAAGUCUCCCAGCGAAGAAUAUUGGAUGUAUGUCUGCAAUGAGUUUGCUUGUUCUGCUCAGGUUUGGUUGGAUGCAGUGGUGCAGAUCUUCUAUUCCCUUACCCUGGCUAUGGGUGGUAUGCAAACACUGGCGUCUUACAACAAGUUCCAUAACAACACAUACAGGGAUACGAUGAUUGUCACCAUUCUGAACUCGGCCACCAGUAUCUUGGCAGGAUUUGUCAUCUUCUCCAUCCUUGGAUACAUGGCCCACGUCCAGGGUAAAGACGUCUCUGAGGUUGCCAGGCAAGGGUUUGGCCUGGCGUUUGUCGCCUACCCAGAGGUAGUAGCCAGAAUGCCGGCUGCUCCUUUCUGGUCGGUUCUGUUCUUCUUCAUGCUCAUUACAUUGGGUCUGGAUAGCCAG